UCACAAGUCGAACCACAGAUCAUCCACGUGGCAUACAAUUCAACAAAUUCCUGUUCCAAAUGUCAAUCCUCCUCCAAAUAUCUCCACCUCCCGCCGCUCUUUACAUUCUUCCUUCUCUCUCCACCGUCAACAACUCCAUGCACAGGCGGGUCUCCCUCUCACUCCACCGUUUCAUUUCUCACCAACACCGAAAUUCCCCCAAAUUACCUUUUUCUGCUCAAGUUUUCCCAUCUUCUCUCUCCUCAAGCGUAAAGUGUCGAAGAUCCAUUUCAUCCGACAAGGUGGUUUGUAUGGCGGACCGCUCCUCCUCAAAUUCUGCUUCCUCCGCUUCCAGUAUUUUGCAAAAAAACACUAAUCGUCUCGCUUCGGAGCAUAGCCCUUACCUUCUUCAGCACGCUCAUAACCCUGUUAACUGGUACCCCUGGGGUGACGAAGCAUUUCAGGAAGCUAGAAGAAGGGAUGUGCCUAUUUUCUUAUCAAUUGGUUACAGCACCUGUCACUGGUGUCAUGUGAUGGAGGUGGAAUCCUUUGAGAGUGAAGAAGUUGCAAAGCUGCUAAAUGAUUCGUUUAUUAGUAUCAAGGUUGACAGGGAGGAAAGGCCGGAUGUUGACAAGGUAUAUAUGACAUAUGUUCAAGCUUUAUAUGGUGGUGGAGGAUGGCCAUUGAAUGUCUUCCUUUCACCAGAUCUUAAGCCACUGAUGGGUGGAACAUAUUUCCCACCAGAUGACAAGUAUGGGAGACCUGGGUUUAAAACAGUGCUUAGAAAAGUUAAAGAAGCUUGGGGCAGUAAAAGGGAUGUGCUUGUGAAAAGUGGAUCUUUUGCUAUUGAACAAUUAUCAGAAGCUUUAUCUACCAAAGCUAGUUUGGAUAAGUUACCAGAUGGUCAACCACAAGAAUCCUUGGAUCUGUGUGCAGAGCAGCUUUCUGGAACCUAUGAUUCAGAGAAUGGUGGGUUUGGUUCUGCUCCAAAAUUCCCAAGACCUGUAGAGAUCCAACUGAUACUUUAUCAUUCCAAAAAGAUGAAAAAUUCUGGAAAAUCUAGUCAAGCAAAUAAAGGUUUUCAAAUGGUGUAUCAUACCCUGCAAUCUAUGGCUAGGGGAGGCGUCCAUGACCAUGUUGGGGGUGGCUUUCACAGAUAUAGCGUGGAUGAGUAUUGGCAUGUUCCACAUUUUGAGAAAAUGUUGUAUGACCAAGGGCAGUUAGUAAAUGUGUAUCUUGAUACAUUUGCAAUCACAAGAGACUCUCAGUACUCGGAUAUCGCAAGGGAUGUUCUUGAUUACUUAAGGAGAGACAUGAUAGGAAAAGAAGGAGAAAUUUUCUCUGCAGAGGAUGCUGAUAGUUCUGAGGCAGAGGGUGCAGGAAGGAAGACAGAAGGUGCUUUCUAUGUUUGGUCCAGUGGGGAGAUUGACGAUAUCCUUGGAGAGCAUGCUACCCUAUUCAAGGAGCAUUACUAUGUAAAACCUACUGGGAACUGUGAUCUAUCUACAAUGAGUGACCCACACAAUGAAUUUAAGGGCAAGAAUGUGCUUAUUGAGAGGAGCAGCACGGAAGCAUUGGCAAAGAAACAAAGCAUGGCUAUUGAGCAGUAUCUUGAUAUCCUAGGGAUGUGCAGGAAAAAACUUUUUGAUGUGAGAUGUAAGCGACCGCGUCCACAUCUGGACGACAAGGUGAUAGUGUCGUGGAAUGGACUCACUAUUUCAUCUUUUGCAAGAGCUUCUAAAAUUCUCAAGGGAGAACCUGAUAGACUCAAAUAUUACUUCCCUGUUGCUGGCAGUGAUCCCAGGGAAUACAUUGAAGUAGCUGAGAAGGCGGCAUCUUUCAUUCGGAAGAAUUUAUACAAUGAAGAAACGAAUAGACUACAACACAGCUUCAGGAAUGGGCCGGCUAAAGCUCCUGGUUUUCUUGACGAUUAUGCCUUCCUUAUAUCAGGACUGCUAGAUCUUUAUGAGUGUGGCGGCAGGACCAAGUGGCUUGAAUGGGCAGCUGAGUUGCAAAACACCCAGGAUGAGUUAUUCAUGGACAAGGAAGGUGGAGGGUAUUUCAAUACCCCGGGGGAAGACCCUUCUGUUCUUUUGCGUGUAAAAGAAGAUCAUGAUGGUGCGGAGCCUUCCGGAAACUCAGUUGCAGCAAUCAACCUUGUCAGGUUGGCCUCAAUUUUUUCUGACAGCCAAUCUGAUCUUUACAUAAAGAACGCUGAUCUACUUCUGGCAACAUUCCAAACUAGACUGAAAGAUGUACCAAUGGCAGUGCCAUUGAUGUGUUGUGCAGCUGACAUGCUUGCCACACCUUCUAGAAAACAGGUGGUUUUGGUUGGACACAAGUCUUCAACACAGUUUGAUAGCAUGUUGGUUGCUGCUCAUGCAGCUUAUGAUCAAAACAAAACAGUGAUCCACAUUGAUCCAAGCAAUUCAGAUGAGAUGAAUUUCUGGGAAGCGAACAAUAAGAAGAUUGCAGGUAUGGCAAAAGGUAGCUUCUCGGAGGAUAAAGUUGUUGGUCUUCUAUGCCAAAACUUCACCUGCAAGCCUCCUGUAUAUGAUCCUGCCUCUCUUCAAGCUCUUCUAUUGAAGGAAAUAUAAAGUUCCAACUUAUAUGUCUUUAAAGAAAUAGGGGUUUCUAGUUUUUCCAAGUUUGUGGUGUAAAUAAGUGUGUUUCACAGAUAACAGGAGAUCAGAUUAAUUAUGUUGUUUAUGGUGUUCGAACGUGUGUUAAUGAUGCUUUGCUUUCGGUUUGGAGAUGUCAGAUUUAGUUUUAGUGGUUGGUUGGGUGUGGGUUUGUGUACAGUGUACAUGCAUCAUGUGUCUGGUGCUUUUGAUCGUACUUCCUCAUCCCUUUUGAUAUGGUCUUCUGAAUCUUUUGAUGAGACUAUGAGAGUGACGCAAUUGUAGAAGAAUAUUUCAUGUUGUAUUCAUCUGUUCUCUUAUUAACUAGUCUUAUAUGUA